AUGUGGGACGACGAAGACAACAAUCCAUAUGGCUCCUUUGCCCGCCAUGAUUCCACCGACAUACCCGGUAUAGCCUCACCGGCUGCCCUUCCAUACCGUCCCGCGACUCCGCCGUCGGAGGCAGCAUCUUCCCCCGCAGAGUCGCCAGAAUAUGUCUCCCAGCGGGACAUGAGUGACGUCGACUACAACGAAGACAGAGGUGAUUCCAAGGCGCCAAAAAAGGGUGGUUACGAUGCGCGCGUAGAGCAAUGGCUAUACGAGCACCCUGACCAACUGGUGUUGAUUACGAGCGCGGGCAAGGAUGGCGUCAACUACAUACAGCGACAGGGUCUAGAAGUAAAGCGCCGAUACUCCGAGUUCGCUUCGUUGCGUACCGAACUGGUCAGAUUGCACCCAACCCUAAUUGUUCCUCCCAUACCCGAGAAGCACACUAUGGCCGACUACGCGGCGAAGCCCACAAAGGCAAAAGAAGAUGCUGGUAUUAUUGAGUUGCGGAAGCGCAUGUUGGCCGUAUUCUUGAAUCGGUGCCGGAAGAUGAAGGACAUAUUAGAAGACGGUGUAUUCUGGAGGUUCCUUGACCCAUAUACAAGUUGGGCCGACGUACUCAACAGCCCACCCAUCUCCAACAUUCCCAAGCAAAUCCUCAAGGCGCCCCCGCUCGAUACUGCAAACCCUUCACAAGCACACAGCUACCUUCCGGUGCCUUCCUCUUCGGCAAAACUCAAGUCUGGCGGCGCCACGUCUAGUUCAGGCACACCAGUGUCACCAGCGAACAAUGCCGCAAUGCCUUCCGCAGCGGCGCACACGACACCAGGCCCCGCAAUCUUUGGUCGCUUUCCGCCCGAGACGCGUGACAUGUCAGAGGAAGAGCUAGACCCAUACUUUGUCAGUUUUGAGAACUCGUCCAAAGACCUGGAGCACCUACUACAAGGCCCUAUGGAGAAGGUUAAUAGGCGGUUAUUGAUGCAUCUCGGGAACUGGGGAGAGGACAUGGCAGAUCUGGGUGCUCGUUUCAACGCCUUUUCGCUAUCAGAACAGACACAGACACUUGCUGCUGCCAUAGAAAAGACCGGGCAAGCCGUCGAUUCCACGUACAUUGCGACUACCGAACUAUCUUCCUCGCUCAGCGCAAGCUUCUCCGAACCUAUGCGCGAGAGUGCACAAUUCGCCGGCGUCGUACGGUCCGUCCUCAGAUACCGGGUUCUAAAACGCAUACAAGAAGACAUGACAAAGGACGAACUGGAGAAGAAGCGCAACCUCCUCGAGUCCCUUGAACGUAGCGAAGCGGAAUCAAAGCGUCUGGAACAGCAUCUCAGCGGCGUGAGCCAGAUGCCUCCUCCGCGGAAUCGCUCAGCGUCAAACAGCUCACAGCGCAGUAGUACAGAGUCAGACGGACGACAAGACGAGGACAGGGCAUCAAUUGAUUCAGACUUCCCACCCACACAUGGCGAAACCCCGUCAAGCGCUCAAGCUUUUGGGUCCAUUACGCACGCUUUCAGGGGUAUGGCGGAUGUUGAUCCUGAGAAGACGCGGAGGGAUCAGAUUGGCAAAACCAGAGACAGUAUGGUACAGCUUGAACAAGCAUUAACCGUGGCGGAGAAGGACACAAAGGACGCGAGUUCGGGUGUGCUAAAAGACUUGCGGAGAUUCCAAAACGAAAAGGAAGAUGACCUGCGGCGGUACAUGAUGGAGUUCGCACAGUGUCACAUUGACUGGGCAAAACGGAACAAGGCGGCUUGGGAAGAAGCAAAAACCGAAGUGGAAAAUAUUGUUGCUCAGCCUACGGAAGAAUACCCGGGGAGGCCCGAAGACUUUGACGCGAGGGAUUGA